AUGGCUACAGGUCUGCCUGCCGGCUGGGAAGUCCGACACUCGAACAGCAAGAACUUGCCCUACUACUUCAACCCAGCGACCAAGGAGUCACGAUGGGAGCCUCCGGCAAACACCGACAGCGAGACGCUCAAGCACUAUAUGGGCCAGUACCACACGGCUAACCAACGCCCAGACGGCGCAAACCAGGCGAAUCUUGACGGCAAGAUUCGAUGCGCCCACCUCCUGGUCAAGCAUGCCGGUUCGCGACGCCCGUCGUCGUGGCGCGAGGCAAACAUUACUCGCUCCAAGGACGACGCAAUGAACAUUAUCCGUCAGCACGAGAGCAGGAUCAAGAGUGGCGAAACUAGCUUGGGCGACCUGGCUGUGACGGAGAGUGACUGCAGCUCUGCCAGGAAGCGAGGUGACCUAGGUUUCUUUGGAAAAGGCGACAUGCAAGUCGAGUUCGAGCAAGCAUCAUUUGGCCUCAAACCUGGUGAGGUAUCACUGGUGAUUGAGACGCAGUCUGGACUUCACAUCAUCGAAAGGCUGGAGUAG